AGGGAGAAGCCCUACAAGUGUUUGAAAUGUGGGAAGAGCUUCAGCUGGAUCUCCAACCUGAUCCAAUACCAGAACAUCCACACUAGGGAGCAGCCCUAUGACUCAUAUCUCCUCAAGCAUCAGCAGAUGCACAGGGGGGAGAGACCCUUCUGCUGCAUCGACUGCAGGAAGAGCUUCAACCAGAACUCCAACCUCAUCACCUCUAUCUUGCCCAAACACCAACGGACCCACGGGUAAGGGAAGCCCUACGAGUGCCCCGACUGCAGGAAGAGCUUCAUCUGCUGCUGCUGCUUCAUCACUCAUUGGAGGACCCCCAUUGGGAACAGAUCUGGUGACCCACAUUCCCAGUGA